AUGUCACAGAAUAGGCCUGGGGUAUUCUCGAGUUUACGCAUGGGUGAAGUCGUUCGCGAAAAGGUCCAGGAUGGACUGACUGGGGAGACCAAGGAGAUCUCAUAUUCACAAUGCAAAAUCGUCGGCAAUGGCUCGUUUGGUGUGGUCUUCCAGACGAAGAUGAUGCCCAGCGGCGAGGAUGCUGCCAUCAAACGGGUCCUGCAAGAUAAGCGUUUCAAGAACCGGGAGCUGCAAAUAAUGCGGAUUGUACGCCAUCCCAAUAUCGUGGAACUGAAGGCUUUCUAUUACUCCAACGGCGAAAGGAAAGAUGAAGUCUACCUCAAUCUCGUUCUUGAGUAUGUACCGGAAACGGUGUAUCGAGCGUCGCGGUAUUUCAACAAGCUCAAAACGACGAUGCCGAUGUUGGAGGUCAAGCUUUAUAUCUACCAGCUCUUCCGUUCCUUGGCAUAUAUCCACUCCCAGGGCAUUUGCCAUCGGGACAUCAAGCCCCAAAAUCUCCUGGUCGAUCUUAACUCCGGUAUCCUGAAGCUGUGUGAUUUCGGAUCGGCCAAGAUACUCGUCGAAAAUGAGCCGAACGUUUCUUACAUCUGUUCGCGCUACUACCGAGCGCCGGAAUUGAUUUUCGGUGCCACAAACUAUACGACUAAGAUUGAUGUGUGGUCGACCGGCUGUGUGAUGGCCGAGCUGAUGCUAGGCCAGCCUCUCUUCCCUGGCGAGUCGGGCAUUGACCAGCUUGUGGAAAUCAUCAAAGUCUUAGGUACCCCCACUCGGGAACAGAUUCGUACAAUGAAUCCCAACUACAUGGAGCAUAAGUUUCCUCAGAUCAAGCCACACCCCUUCAAUAAGGUCUUCCGGAAAGCUCCACAUGAGGCAAUCGAUUUGAUCUCUGCUUUGCUGGAAUACACGCCAACGCAGCGUCUUUCCGCGAUCGAGGCGAUGUGCCAUCCGUUCUUCGACGAGCUUAGAGACCCCAACACCCGUUUGGCCGACUCUCGGCACCCCAACAGCCCCCCUAGGGAACUUCCCAACCUCUUCGACUUCUCCAAGCAUGAACUCUCCAUUGCACCAUCGAUGAACAACCGGCUCGUCCCUCCACAUAUCCGCCCGGCACUCGAAGCCCGCGGGCUAGAUAUCGAUAACUUUACCCCUCUUACGAAGGAUGAAAUGAUAGCGCGCCUUGACUGA